CUGGGCUGUGCUCCCGGAGGCUGUGCCGGAGCCGGAGCCACUUCGGGGAGAGAGGCGAUCCUGGCUCCGCGCCCUCAGGGCAGUCCCGGGAGGCGGAUUCUUCACCAACUGAGCCACAAGGGAAGCCCAAGAAUACUGGAGUGGGUUGCCUAUCUGCGGAUCUUCCGGACCCAGGAAUUGAACCAGGGUCUUCUGCAUUGCAGGCGGAUUCUUUACAAACUGAGCUAUCAGGGAAGUCCCUUUUGUAAUAAGAGAAUUCAUCGGAGAAUGUUUCAAGAUGUAGAGCCCUUGAAUGUGAAGUAUCCCAAAUGAAGUUGGAGCAUUUGCGCUGAAAUUGUUUCAUGUUGUGUAAUUGAAGACUGCCACUGGGAAGCUGCAUCAUGAGCUACUUGGGCUUCUAAAGUGUCCAUUGGAUAUUUAAUCACAUAAGCCUUGAAACAAGGUUAUGCAAAGAGACUUAGAGCAGUAUACUAGAAGUGUCCCAGCAUGAGGAGACUGACGCGUCAAACUGGUGAUAUGAGAAAAACAGAAUGCAGCUUUCAAGGUUUGUUUCAAGGAGAUGACAUGUGGGAUUCUGAGAGAUGCUGCUGCCCAUGAUGUGUUGGAAUUAUCAUGAUCUACUACCCAGUUUGGAUUUCACCCAGUGGUCAAGAGCUUUGCAUGGUAGACAGCAAGGGUUGGAUUUUUAAAAAGAGUAAACCAGGCCCGUGACCAAGGUGUAGACUAAGAAGGGGAGUCAUGCUUCACACGGCCUUAUCAUGUUGGCAGCCAAUCCUGGGUCUGGCUGUGGUCUUAAUCUUCAUGGGAUCCACCAUUGGCUGCCCUGCUCGCUGCGAGUGCUCAGCCCAGAACAAAUCUGUUAGCUGCCACAGGAGGAGGCUGAUCGCCAUCCCAGAGGGCAUUCCCAUCGAGACCAAAAUCUUGGACCUCAGCAAGAACAGGCUGAAAAGCAUCAACCCCGAAGAAUUCAUCUCUUACCCUCUGCUGGAGGAGAUAGACUUGAGUGACAACAUCAUUGCCAAUGUGGAGCCAGGAGCCUUUAACAAUCUCUUCAACCUGCGUUCCCUCCGCCUGAAGGGCAAUCGCCUGAAGUUGGUCCCUUUGGGGGUCUUCACGGGCCUCUCCAACCUCACCAAGCUUGACAUUAGUGAGAAUAAGAUUGUCAUUUUACUGGACUACAUGUUCCAGGAUUUGCAUAACCUGAAGUCUCUAGAAGUGGGGGACAAUGAUUUGGUUUAUAUAUCACACCGGGCCUUCAGUGGGCUGCUUAGCUUGGAGCAGCUCACACUGGAGAAAUGUAACCUCACUGCGGUACCCACAGAAGCCCUCUCACACCUCCGCAGCCUCAUCAGCCUGCACCUGAAGCAUCUCAAUAUCAACAACAUGCCCGUGUAUGCCUUUAAAAGACUGUUCCACCUGAAACAUCUAGAGAUUGACUAUUGGCCUUUACUGGAUAUGAUGCCUGCCAACAGCCUCUAUGGUCUCAACCUCACCUCUCUCUCCAUCACCAACACCAAUCUAUCCACCGUCCCCUUCCUUGCCUUUAAACACCUGGUCUACCUAACCCAUCUGAACCUCUCCUACAAUCCCAUUAGCACUAUUGAGGCAGGCAUGUUCUCUGACCUGAUCCGCCUCCAAGAGCUUCAUAUAGUGGGGGCCCAGCUCCGCACCAUCGAGCCUCACUCCUUUCAAGGGCUCCGCUUCCUUCGUGUGCUCAACGUGUCUCAGAACCUUCUGGAAACCCUGGAAGAGAACGUCUUCUCCUCCCCGAGGGCUUUGGAGGUCCUGAGCAUUAACAACAACCCUCUGGCCUGCGACUGCCGCCUCCUAUGGAUCCUGCAGCGGCACCCAACCCUGCAGUUCGGUGGCCAGCAGCCCAUGUGCGCUGGCCCGGACACUAUCCGCGAGAGGUCAUUCAAAGAUUUCCACAGCACUGCCCUUUCUUUUUACUUCACCUGCAAAAAACCCAAAAUCCGUGAGAAGAAGUUGCAGCAUCUGCUUGUGGAUGAGGGGCAGACGGUCCAGCUGGAAUGCAAUGCCGAUGGAGACCCUCAGCCUGUGAUCUCCUGGGUGACACCUCGAAGGCGGUUCAUCACCACCAAGUCCAAUGGGAGAGCCACCGUCCUGGGCGAUGGCACCCUGGAGAUCCGCUUCGCCCAGGAUCAAGACAGCGGGAUUUACGUCUGCAUCGCUAGCAAUGCUGCGGGGAACGACACCUUCACGGCCUCCUUAACUGUCAAAGGGUUCACUUCAGACCGCUUCCUUUAUGCCAACAGGACCCCUAUGUACAUGACCGACUCCAAUGACACCAUUUCCAAUGGCACCAAUGCCAAUACUUUCUCCCUGGACCUUAAGACAAUACUGGUGUCGACAGCCAUGGGCUGUUUCACCUUCCUGGGAGUGGUGUUAUUUUGCUUUCUCCUCCUUUUUGUGUGGAGCCGAGGGAAAGGCAAACACAAAAACAGCAUUGACCUUGAGUACGUGCCCCGAAAAAACAAUGGUGCUGUCGUGGAAGGGGAGGUGGCUGGACCCAGGAGGUUCAAUAUGAAAAUGAUUUGAGGGUUGGCCGCUCCAACUAUUGUUUCUGUGUCAUUGUCUGUAACCAGUGAGACAGCCUGGCGCAAGAGAAGUACUAGGUUAAAAGGCAGCUUAGUGCAGCUUCCCUGUGUCAAAGCAGGGUCCGCAGAAGCAGGAGGACUUCUGAUGGAGACGCUCCACCUAGAAGCAGGCAGGCAGGCAUGUGUCAGAGCCCUUCACACAGUGGGGUACUAAUUGUUUGCAUUGCAAAUACUGGCAUUCUGGGGAUCUCAGUAAUGAACCUGAAGCUUCGGCUCAUGCUCAUGGACAGUUACUCAACCUUUUCUACCACUGCAAAAACAAAAGAAGAAAUCAAAAGGAACAACCUACAAUGUAGGAUUUACAUAUUAAAAAGACACAUUUGUCUAAACCAUACUCCACAGAAAAAUUUGUAUCUAUGAUUCUCCUUUGUUAAAAACCUUGCAUCAUCCCAUACUGUUGGUUCAAAACCACAAAGAAAUCAAUAUAUUCUUUACUCUUCUCUUUUUUUUUUGGAAACACAUAUGCUGUAUAUGUUUUGAAGCAAUAUGAAUGAGAGGUUGUGCUUUUUCGUUACACACCACUAUCGGCCCAAGUGUGAUGUCACCUUCCUUUCCAUAGAGAUAACCCUGAGACUAGAUCCCUGGAGUUAUGGGUGGAUAUAUGUGGAGAGAUGAGUUCUGUCUGAUGUAGGAUGCCAAGAGAUAGGACCCAAGGCAAAAAUGCUCAACUCUGUUAACUUCUGUUACUAUAAAUAAAGGCAUGUGCCUAGUUUUGAUACAGAAUGGAAUAUUUUUUAUACUUGUGAUAUCACA